AACCUAACUUCCUCAUGUGCGUUUAUGUUUACGUUUAUUUCUAAUUUAAACAUUAAACAUGUCGAGUUUUAAAAAGUUAGAUAUUAAAGUUUACCCUAAAACGGGACCAGAAAUCACUCCAGAUUACGUUUAUUGGAAAAAACUGAGGGAUCCAGUUUUGGUAAAAGAAUUUGGCCCCAUUGAUUACAUAGACUUUUCGCCAAUAGAACCAUAUCAUUUCGCAGUAACGUGUUCAGUAAGAGUGCAAGUAUACAAUCCAAUAACGAAAUUGGUGGUAAAAAACCUUUCACGAUUUCGUGAAAAUGCCCAUGGGGCUACUUUCCGUUCGGAUGGCAAAUUAAUAUGCGCAGGUGGUGACGAGGGUGCUAUUAAACUCUUUGAUGUGUCCACAAAGAGUAUGCUUCGAUUAUUUAAAGGACACGAAGGACCUGUUUAUCGUACGUUUUGUGCUCAUAACAGACCCCAAAUAACAUCGUUUUCUGAUGAUAAAACAGUACGUAUUUGGGAUAUACCUACCGAAAAGAAUUUAAUAACUUUCGCUGAACAUACUGAUUAUAUUAGAGCAGGAGCUUUAAAUCCAAAUUUACCAGAUUUAGUUCUUUCUGGAAGUUAUGAUGGUACGGUUAAAUUAUAUGAUACAAGAAUGGAAAAAUUAAUUUUAUCUGUUAACCAUGGGCAUCCAGUUGAAUCUGUUUUAUUUUUACCUGCUGGUGGAGUAUUUUUAUCAGCCGGUGGUACUUGUAUAAAAAUUUGGGAUACGAUUUCAAAAGGGAAAUUAAUUGGGACAAUUUCGCAACAUCACAAAACUAUAACAAGCAUGCAAUUAGCUUCAAAUAAUAAUCGAUUACUUUCGGCUGGUUUAGAUAGACAUGUUAAAAUUUACGACAUUUCCACAUACAAAGUUGUACAUACUAUGGAUUAUCCGAAUGCUAUUUUAAGUUUGGGCGUUUCUAAAACUGAUGAUACAGUAGUUGCUGGUUUAGUUGAUGGCUUAGUUUGCGUUAGCCGAAUGGAGGAUAAAGAUAAAAUCGACAAGAAAGAAAAGAAAAAAGUUUCUCAAAAGUAUAAAUCCUUUACUCAUAAUGAAAAAGUGGAUGUUAUAAUUGAAGAUGAAAACAUAGAGAAGAUAUCGCGUUACGAUUAUUAUUUAAAAAAAUUUCAAUAUUCAAAAGCUUUGGAUGAAGUUUUAAGACCCUACUUUGUGAAUAAAACCCCAGAAAUAACUGUUGAGGUUAUAAUGGAACUUUUAAGAAGAAAAGCUUUAGAGAGAGUAUUUAAAGAUAGAGAUAAUAAGUUUUUAAUACAAAUUUUAAAAUUUUUUAAUAAAAAUAUAACUGAUUAUCGAUUUACUAGGGUUUUAAUAAUCGCUUUCAACGUUUUUUUGGAUGUGUAUCAAGAUCGUAUCAACACAAUGCCAAUGGAGGUUUUAACAUAUUUCAACUUUUUGAAUCAAAAACUUAAAGAAGAAGUUGAUUUAGGGGAAAAAUUAGGUGAAUUAGCUGGGUGUAUGUCAAUGCUUCUUGUUGCCGGUGAUACAACAUCAUCUAAUGAAAAUGGUUAUGAACUUAAAAACCUUGUUGCAAGUGCCGAUGCUCAAAAAGAUUUAAUCGUUCAAAUAUCUUAAGAUUAUCAUUUUUAUAUGGUUGUUUUCUAAACAUAAAUUAGAAUAAAAAUUUGUUUUCUAAUUUUAUAUGGACAGGUGAAAUAAAAUGAGUUCUUUUUAAGAAAAUGUGGGAUAUAGAUUGACGUAAAUCGUAAACAGAACCGGAUUGAACGAAAAAAUACAAUAAAAUUUUCUCUUUUUAAACAUGAUUGUUUUCAAAAUUUGAACACAAAGGUGUUGUUAAUAAUGUCGAAAAAAUUAACAUCGGUAGUUAUAAGUAAUUGUAAUAAAAAAACGUAAUUAAAAACCUAAAAAACCGA